AUGGGAGAAUUUGAGAAAAAGGUGAGUUGUGAUGACUAUAAUUUAUAUUUUUGUGAUGCUUUUCGUGCGAAUUUGCUAUUUAUGGCUUUAUAAAACAGCUAAAGAGUUUCACUCGUCCUGAUUUUUCUGUCUAUUGCAAUUUUUUAUAUCAUACUCUAUCUAUUUCUCAUAAAAUUUUGUUUUACUGACAUAUGAUCUAACUAAAAGUUCAUUUGUUUUCCGUAAAUAAACCACCAAAAGAUCUUCUGUAACGUCUAAAGUAUAGUUUACAACCUCUAAACAGUAAUACUCGUAACAUUUUGUAUUUUGUUGUUUAGUCUAUUGGAAGUGAAAAUAAAAUAUUAAACUCCAUUACAUCGCCGACCAAAUUGGGAGCUGCUCGCGGCGAAAAAAAAGAGAAAACGUUCCGCUCGGAUCGAGCUUUUCUUUUAAUUACUCCGAGCUCAACUCGGAGGGAUUGCGUGAGAUGAGAGAAGGAGCUCAUCUCAAGGAGGCUAACGUUCCUUCGAGGUCACGGUGUGCAGCGCUUUUCAACCAUUUUGUAUGGAUCCAAAUCGUUACGUGAUCCGCGCACAGUGCAAUCAAAUUUUUGGAAUUGUUUUGAGUCCUGACCCGAUUACUUUUUCGAUCGAAUGCUUAGUAAAUUUAGAUGUUUUUGAAUAGUUUGCCAAUUCUAAAUCUUAAAACAGGAAACGUUGUAGCGGUUACAACACUUUUUUGAUAACGAAAAUUUUGGACUGCACAGUGCCAAACAAAUUUCUGAAAAAUCGGAAAGUGCUAACUCGCACUGUGCAUUUUGUCUUUUUGCACUGGGAAAUUGGAAAAUCGUCACGAGGAAAGCUUUUCGACUUUGUCGCCGUGAAUUUUGCAUGUGUGACGACAAUUGUACAGUGCAAAAAAAGGCAAAAUGUUUGCCGCGAAAAAAUUUAUACGCACUUGGAAAGACUAGUAGUGGUUCACCUAUCUUUACCCGUAUGUGAAUGGUAUCUUCUCUUUUUCUCAUCGAUUACGUUAUCCUUGCACUCAAAUCAAACAAAAUUUGUUUUUUGGUGUAAAUACCUAAAUAAACAACCUCUGCAAUCAAGUUAUUUGUUCGCGGAAUCAGGGUUACAUACCUCCAUUGUUUUAUCAUCUCAUGGACGAACUUCAAUUUUACAAAUUGUUUUUACGUGACUUCCCCAUGUUUCCGCUCAUCGUAUGUUCAGUUUUUUCUUUUGGCAGUAAUUCUUCCAAAAGUCUCUUAAUUGAAGAAAAGGGUUGUUUUAUUUGUUUUUAUUUAUUAAUUUUAUGUCUCGGGGCCCUACCUAUGUAGUUUUAAGAGGAUCUCCUGAGGGUAAAGGACGGGGUUAAUGUUCAAAUUUAUGUUUACUCAAUGUUUGUUUAUCGCUUCGACUCUUGAGUAAUAGAUAGUUUUGAGUAAUCAUAAAGUUCAUAAUAAUCAUCUCUGAUCAAAAUUUUUGAGGAAUUAAAGCCCAAAUUCCGAUAAAUUUUUUCUUUUUUAGGACCCAUUAUGAUGAUUUUUACAACUUCGGGAUACUGCGUAAUCCAAAUUUUAUGUCUUUCUAUCCACUUUUCUGUUUUCUUACGUCGAAUCACGUGGUUCGAGUUGAUGAACUUAGGAUUUAAUUUUAUUGCAAAUUGUAUGUAAGGAAAAUAUAUCGAGAAAAAUGUAAUUUUAUUAUUAUACGAACAUAAAUACCAUCGGAUUUUCCUGAAAUUUUAUAGACCUACUCCCAAAACUAACGUUAAAAGAAGGAUUUUGUAAAAAAAAUUUGGGAUAAAGCUCACUAAAAUCUAGAGUAUUUUCUUACAAGUAAAGUCGUUGAGAUGUUUGAGAGACAACGCGAAAUAAGGAGAGUCGGUCAGACAAACGAUUAUUAUUUAUAAAUUUUUUGUUUUCGCAACUUGUUGAAUUUUUGUAGAAACAUUUUACAGAGUAGUAAUUCAUUUUGAUAUUUAUAAACCUAACAGUAAGACUAAAAUCGCACAAAAAAGAUAUCCAGGUAGUUUUUAUCCACUGCACCUGAUGCUUUUUAAAACUGUUUUAACAUUGUCAUAGUCCAACAAUAUGUGCCCUUAUUUGGAAUCCAUCCCCUUUCGGUCCGAAACCAAUCCCGUUCGGAAGACCGAUUGCUCUUAUGCAAUCCAAACAAAAAGGAUUCAACUUUUAUGUCAUUCGCGCUCAUUGUAAUCCCCACUUUUCUUGACUUAAUAACAACCAAAACAGUCCGAAUUCCCUCUGGCUGUUGAAGCGCGAAAGUAGAACAAAGUGAGUCGAUGGAUUCUCGAGGCGCUCCGUCGGCGGACGAACGCUUGUUUUGGGGGAUCUUGAGUUCGUUGAGGGAGGGAUUGGGGAAUUUCAAAAAUCAUUCCUUACGCGAUUAUGAUGGAUCGGGUGGUUUGGGGCGGUGGUCUCGGACAUUGCGUGAGAUUCCGUGAGGAUUCUGAAGUGGGAAGUGGAAACAUGGUCAUAGAACGGUGGUUUUGAGGGCCGGGACAUUAAUAAAGCCACCGUUUAUAUAUAUAUAUAUUUUUUUUAUAACGUUAGAAUUAAAAAACCCCGAGUCACUUUAUGCGGAAAAUUGAUUUUUAUCAAAAUUGUUAAAAAAAUAUAUUAUAGAAUUUUCUAAAAAUUACGGUGUUUUUUCGGGCAAUGCAAAGGCCACCUAGAUUUUCACUCUCAAAAAUUUGAUACAUAGUUUUUACAAUAAAAAAACUCCAAAAAGCCAAAGACAAUGUUGAAAAAAAUGUCGUUUCCUCUGACCCUCUCCUGACUUUCCAUAGACUCUCGUUUGCAAAGACCGUUGAAUAUCUUGGCCGUCACUCCAAAUAAUAAGCAAAUUUUGACUGAAUUUCCCCUCGAAAAGGUUGUUUUCUUGUUUUAAAUUUGAGUUUUCUUCUUCACCCUUUAUUUUGAUGACCAUUUAGCGUAACCCCAUCUUCUAGACCCUUCUCAACCUUUCAAGAAUCGCCAGUCCAGUCCACUUUCGGUCUUUUCGCUUUCCCAAUCAGCUGAUUACAAAUCGCGCAACAAUUUUUAUUUAUUGCUUGAGGGUAAACAGUCUCCGUCAGAGUAAAUAACCAGGAUCUGAUCUCUUCAUUGUUGUGGGAAAUUAUUUUGGGCCUCGUAAAGCCGGGGGAUUCUGGAGUCGAAGGAUUCAUAUCGGGAAAAGAUUGACCAAAUUGUUGGGUAAAAUACGUUCCAUUUUUCAUUGAUUAGGGGGUUUUCAGCAAAAAAAUUUCCAUUAGAUCAUUUUUUGUAGUAUAAUAGAUAAUUGAGCAUUGCGCGAACAGACGGUUUUAAUAGUUGGAAUACGUUUGAAAUGGUCUUGGAUUUAAAGUCCAACGGAUUUAGCAAUGGGUACGGUAGCUGUGUUAGUUCUAGUUAGAGCGGGGUUGUAACAAAAUAUAUAUAGAUUAUAUAUACGGUAUUUUCAAUGAGAUUAUAUUUCAAAUGAGAGUUUUGAGUGCAGGCGGACGAUCUUCCAGCUGUAUGAGUCAUGUUGCAGCUAAUCGAAAAGGUCAGUGUAGUGUACUGUAUUUUUACAGCUCUUCUCAUCUAAAUUAUUCUAAAGUCGUCAUACUUUUUUGGUAUUUACAGUCUUUCAGGUAGGCAUUCAGAUCCCCUAAUAAUUUUACCUCGGGGUUCUAAAUGAGCUAAAAAUAAAAAGUUCUAGCUCCCAUCUUUGCACAGUAACCGACAAAUUGGGAGAGUUGGCCAGACGAAAAAUGCUUUGCCUUACUUCUUUGUUUCUGCACAGAAAAAAAUUUUUUGCAGGAAAUGAUAAAUUUAUGGUCAACUUGUAACCGAGGACGUAUUUUUUUUUAGUAAAAAAUCGCAAAAAAUGUAAUUUUUUAAACAAUUUCUGAUAAAAAUCACGGAUUCUAAGAGUCGAAUCUGGCAUAAGUCCUAAAAAUUUUUCUCACAUUGUGUCAUUAAAUUGUAAGCGUCGUAUUUCAAGGCGCUUCCCCUGUAAUCAUAGCCAUUGUUUUGUAACAAAUUUCUAUCCCUCAAAGUUUACCACAUAUUCACAAUGUCACUGCUUUCCUGAGAUUCCGUUACCUCAGCUUUCCUUCCGCAUUACUCCGUAACAAACACUUUGGCAGUAUUUGAGAUCUGAUGCAAUAGAUCUGGCGUCUGCUUCGUUUACAAACCCGCCAAAUUGUUUACCGAAUUGCAUGGAAUUCAAAUUGUUUGUCAAUUUGAAAGUAAUACAGUCGAAGAACCGGUCGGAUCUGAAUUCGACCCCGAGGCUUCGUUUACUCUCCCCGAAAAAACUUGAUUUCUUGGUUAGGGCCUCUGGAUAAAUAGAGUAGUGCAGGUUGCACUGUUGAUUUGUCGAAAGUUUAUAUUUGUUUUUGUAAUUUCGGCGCAGUUUCCGUAAAAUAUUUGGUUCGCGAGUUUGUGAAAUCGACAAUUUUGUAAGUAUUUUUCUAUGGUUGGAAUAUCUUUAACAUUAAAAAUUUUUUGAAAAUUUUUAAAUUAAAAAUUUUUUUUUACUUUUCGAUUUUUUGACACAAAAUUAGUAUCACAAAAAAAAUAAUAAAUUUGUUUUUUCAACCAUAGUUAUGGCCAUAAUUUCCCAUUUUUUGUCAUCAAAAGUAAUAUUUAUUUUAUGAAAAAAUCUUAAUUUCUGGCAAUCUUCAAGUAAUCAUAAAACUUUUAUUGUUUCAAAUUGUAAAUUCAGAGUCAAAAAAAGUUUAAAACAAUGUUUAUUUGUCGUUUCCCAAGUACCUUUUAUUUUUUUAAGCUAAAAUUAUAUUACUCUUGGUGUUUAAAGGAACUUGUUUUUUCAACAGACCCUUCUGACCAAUUUAUGGCCUUAAUAAAAACAGUGGCUCCGAUUCUACAAGUUACAGAAGCUUUCUAAAUGGUCCAUUUUAGACGUUCCAUCUGUUUUUGUAACCCAGAAUUAAAACUAUUUUUGGUCGAUCUGAUGUUUCUUUUGUCUUUCCAAUGUUUCUUUUGGCCAAAACAAAUCAGCUGGCCAUUCGAAAAACCCCUUUUCCGUUUUCUGGGAGUUUUGCAAACUGGGCUUUAUUUUCGGGUCACAUGAGAUUCAGGAGAAAGAAAAUAUAAAAGUGGACAGCGGCCAUUCGGAAAAAACGUCUCGGCCAUUCUUUUUUGGCCGUCAGGCGCUUCUUUUUACACUACUUUUUAUUCCUAAAAAUAGCGACUAAAAGAAAACGAAUGUUGUUUUGGCCGAGGAACUUUGCGGGAGAUUACCGUAAAAAAUUUUAAUUUUAAUUUUAAAAUUUUAAUUUUGUUAGUUGCUAAUGAACUUGAUUCUGAUUCAAGUUAGAGAUUUUAAUCAAGUUUGUAUUACUUUAAGCGUUAUCUUGUGAUUUUUAAAUUGUAGCCAUCACAAGCGAUAAGAUUCUCAGACUCCGAACCGUCUGCAAAAUGUUUGGAAAGCUUUUCUGAUUACUGAAAAAUACUUCCCGAUACAUCUAUUCCAACAACGAUCGUAUUAUUUAUUUGCAUAAAUAUCUUUUUUGCUAAACAUCCCUAUUACAAUACAUAUGUUUUUUUCCUCCCGAAACUGCUUGAAAUCCGAAAAAAACAAGCGAGUACUCUGAAAGGCUGUCCAUUCUACUGUUUAUUCAGUGUUCUGAGUAUUGGCCAUCCCUUAAUCGGGCUUAGAAACCAUUUAUGUCAACUUUGUCUACGCAAGUCUGCUAUUUAAAGUACAUAUUAUCAUGCUUGUUUUCCCGUUUAUUCCCACAUAACUCUAAACUUAAUCCGAUUGUCGUUGGAUACCCAGAAUUUUGUUGACAUCACCCUUCAACUUUAUAUUGUUUUACCUGCUUCUUCUUACUCCCAACAAAUUUUUUUUGACAGAUGCCCUGAGGAUGUUCCGUGUGCGCCUAAUCCGGCGUUGAUCCGUCUUUUAACCCGAAUUGCCCUAUUUUGAAUACCGUUUAGGGGGCGAGUGUUAUUAACGUUGUAGUUUUGUAAACCUUCAAAAGCGCCGGGCUCAUCCGAUUUCAGCAAAGGGCCAAUUUCAAACGCUCUUUUUUUUUGAUUUUUGAAAACCCACAUGGGAUAAAUGGGAUCAUGUUUGAAGGGAUUAACAACUUAUUUUGGAACGCUGCACUCCUAAAUUUGCUGGGGGAUUUUGAAAUUUAAUUAUGAGAGAAUUUCUAUUUUAGUUUGUAGAUACUAAUGUGUUGUGCUUUUCAAAAAUUUGCUGUAGAUGAUCUGUAGAAUUGCAAAAAAGUUUGCGAGGUCAUGACAAUGUCAUAUGAUCACUAACCUUAGAGGUGCCCUUCACUCCGAAUUUAGUCACCCACAGCUAACCCUUGACCCAUUCUUCUUCAAAUUUCAAUACAAACUGUACAAAUAUUUUUUCAGAAUUAGAGCAAGGUCGAUGACCUUCCCCGGGGCUUUGUAUGGAUCAUAUCCGAGCAGAUGUUAAACCCUCAAAGCCGAUAUGUUUUUGUAUUUUCUUUAGAGACUCUUUUUUGCACUUUAUUCCAGCGCUUUCGAGAGGCGAUCGGAGAAAAGAUUGGGGAAAAAAGAAAAUACGAAGAGGGCGUGGUUCCAUGGUGUAGCGGUUAGCACUCAGGACUUUGAAUCCUGCGACCCGAGUUCGAAUCUCGGUGGGACCUAAGGAAAACUUUUUGAAUUUUUAGAAACUUUUUACUUUUUGCAACAAUAUUACAUAAUUAAAAAAAGCUAAAAGUUAUAUUUACAGUAAUAAAUUCGCUAUUUUUAUUAUUCAAAAUUUGUUUUCGCAAAUAUUUUUCCAAGUUUGCAUAUUUUUUUAAAGGCGAAAAGCUUACUGUUUUAAAUAGGUUACUGUAAUAUAUUACAGCUAAUGAGUACAGAUUAGAAUAUAUUGCAGUUGACCUCUAAACGCCCCUUUCUUGCGUUGAUCGCUUGGCUUUGACUAAAAAACGUAAAAUGGGGAUCAGAAUCCUCCUCCCAUCCACUUUUUCACUUUUGUACCCUGAGGACAAAGGAGUUUCCGAUGGUUUUUUGUUGUCCACUUUCCGUUUGCGGUCAUUUCCCUUUCAUUUCUCAUGAAAGGAGGAUGCAAAUUUCGGGAUUAAUUUUUACAGUUUUUGCUUUAACUAUACUGUUUUGGGACUAAGCUAUCUCUCUGUUUCCAUAUGAUGGUUAUGAUUCGUACAUUGCAAGAUUGUUUCUUAUUUUUAGAAAAUAAUGAGUAGAUGGAGUUGUAUGAAGGCCAGAUUAAAAGCUUAUUGCUCUAAUUUCCCUACAUUAUUUUCAUUUUUUGCCCUUUUAUCACCAAAAAGUCGUUUGAUUUGCCAUUUUUUGAUAAAAGGUUGAAUUGAAAAAAAUGUGGUCAUUGCUGGAAAUUAAGCCUAAUCUCAGUUCUCAGACCGUAUUUUUUUAUAUUAGGACUUUUCAAUACUUUGUAAUGUCCAUUUAUUACCUCAUAAAUUUUGAUCUCAAGUAUCAUAUAAUUUGGACAUAAAAGAUUUAAAAUUGGGGUUCCAUUCUUUGCAAUAGCUAAAAUUAGGCCACAUUGAUUAUUUUUGUAAGACAAAAAUAUUUUUAAGAGUCACCGGAACAUGUUCCGGAUAUUAUUUUAGGUUGAAACGGAUCCAAACUUUAUAAAAUUUACAAAAAACACGGGGAAAUUAAUGAAUAUUAUAUUUCGUACCAUACACAGAGUAAUAAUCAGCAAAUUUGACACCUCAAAUUUAUCAAGUUUCAGCACCGUUAUCAGCUAAAUUUUUGUUUAUCCGGAGGUUUUUUAUUGUUAUUAUCCGGUUCAAAAUGAUAAAUAAGUACAGUAAUCUUGAUUAUAAAAGGCCAGAUGACCUCUGGAUUUAUUUACAGCUUAUAAAAUUUAUAUUACUGUAGCUUAUACUAUUGAUUACUUCGUAUAAAUGAUUGUAAGUGUUUACAAUUACUGUUUGUCAACCUAUAACUUAUUUUCAUGACGUCUGAAACCAUUUUGAUUUCUUAUUUGGUCAGUUCUCUGGUCACAGACAUUCAUUCCUCCGGUCAUUACGGGUUUAAAAUGAUUGAGAUGUGUUGACGACCUUUUGGGUUUAUUUUUGGUUACUACGUCUAAUUCGGUGAUUGUAAAUUGUAGUUCCAGCUGUUUCGUAACAUUCCAAGGUCAAUUUUUUGCCCUUCUUUGGGAAAAGAACCCGGAAUUUUUAGUGAACUUUACACUUAUUUUAAAGUUCUUUUGUAAAAAAAAUUGUUUUGAUUUUGCGUUUUUGUGGAAAAAGUUUCUUGGGGGUAAAAUAAUGUUUAUUUAGUAGGAGUUUUUAAUAAAUAGUAUUCCUAUGUUUUGAAUCCCAAGAAAAUUGACUUUGGUCCCCCCUUGGUCCACUUUUUUCUUCGUCACAAGUGUUUGUCCUCCCUUUCUUAUCACCCAAAUUCCAUCGAUGAUUUCGCCAAGGAACACGGCUCAGCUGACCCGACGAAUGCUUCUCCAUCAACGAUUAUAUUGUAAACAACUACUCGAUUAUAGUUAGGCGGACAAUUUAUAGUGAAACAAUAUGUGGGAGAUAGGAGUUGGUGGGUUGUCAAGAAUUGAUAAUUUUUUGUUUAUUCUUGAUAAAAUGUAAUUAGGAAACGCUGAUUGAUUUUUAAUUGAAGACGCUUUGACGUCAUUGAGAUUAUUACAGUAUGCCUGAGGGCCUUAUCAAUUUUUGGCGAUUAUUUUUGUAAAAAUUAGCCUUUUCGACUUUUUUUUCAUCGAACCACGCCUAAUGCAAUUUUUUCAUCGAACCACGCCUAAAAAAAUUAAAGCCCUACAAAUGCCCAUAGGGCAAUUUUUGGAAAAUCAUUCAACUCAAGGUGGUUGGCUGAAAAAGUCUUCCACUUAAACCUACUAUAUGUAUUUUUUGAACAAAUUAUCUUAUUCAUGACAUCCUAUGAAUCUCUUCCAAAAAAUGAGUCAUAGUGAUGUCACCUGCACUCAGCUCUCGAUAAUAUUUGGUCAGAUGGUGCACUGACACAUUUUUUCGUAUUUAAGUGGCUUAGUGUGUCCAUUAAGCGCUGAAAUUCUGAUUUAAAUCCAUUCUAUGUACCUUCACGUUGCCUAUCUAUUCUCAUUCUUUCAAAUUUUGCUCUUCCCAUACUGUAACCACCUCCUAUGGCCCGUUUCCGAACUUUCGAACAAUCCGGCUUUCUUUGUCAUUCAUCCAAUUAGUCGAGUUCAUCGUCUUAAAGCCGUCAUCUGUGGGCGACCAAAUUUUGGCAUUUUGUGAAUACAAUACGAUUUCUUUGAUUUUCUACGUGAUUUCCGUUUAGAAAUACCAAUAAUAGCGAAUGAGAUGGCCGGUAGUAUAUAAGGAAGUGAUUGUUUAAGGGUUGGGAUUGUUUUUCGGGGGUUUGUGACAUUACCUUAUGUUAAAACACGAUUUUUCUAAAAGUCGAGCGCAGGUCAACAACCCUGGCUACACGAAAAAUAAAACUGCUCCAAUUUUCUUUAAACUUGGAAAACUGUAGCUACGUGCCAUUCUAAGAAACUUUCCCGUUAACUUUUUUUCGAAAUCUUACUGUACUUUGGGUUACGGUAACAUGACUCAUUUUGUCAUAACUCGGGAACCAGAUGUCGUAGCGAGACGGGAUCUUUACCAGUGUGUUCAGCGUGCCGAAAGAUGGCUUUUUGUUAGCUACACCAAGUUUCUAGGACCCCGGGAAGUGGCAAAAAAAUUUGAAUAUUUAUGCAAAAAUUCAAAAAUAUGCAAAUUUCUCGAAAAUUUAACCAAAAUUAUGCUCAUUUUUAUUUCAUAUUUUGAAAGUAGAGGUCAUAGCGGUUUCAGCGGUGUAAAAAACUUGAACGUGCGAACCGAGCUGUCUGAGAACGGGCUGUUUGAAGUUGGGGCACCCAGCACGUCAAACUGAGGAGUCCGGUGACCGGAAUAGACACUUCGCUAUGGGUUUUUUACACUUCGUCUUGAUUUCCAGAGAAAGAGAGAAAAAAAUACACGCAAAAGCGUACUCUCUCGCCCCAAAAAUUCCCCAUUUCUUCCUCGACAAAAUGUUUUUUCGCGUCUUUUUUUGGCAAAUUGCCAAUCCAUUCACCCGAAUGUUUUAGCUUAUCUCAGUUUGACGUGCCCAGUCACGAAUGAGCAAAAAAUCGGAGUAAACCGCAUAAAAUCGUUGUUAAACGGCAAGAAUGGAAAGUAAAUUUUGUUAUUACAUCGUAUCGGUCACAAUAGAGGAUUUCCCACAUAAUUUUCGUAAAUUUGCAUAUUUUGGAAUUACUUGCAUUUAUUGUCAAAAUGUUGUAAAAAUAUACCUUAAUGAAGGAUUUGGGAAAAAAUAUUGUUCGCUUUUGCUUAAUACCUUCCAACAGUCAUUUUAAUGUAAAAAACUCAAAAUCGAUUUUUGCCAUGUCCACGCCUAUCUGGCGGCUGAUGCACCCGUAAAUGCAAGAAAUUCCAAAAUAUGCAAAUUUAUGAAAAUUAUGUGGAAAAUCUUCUAUUGUGACCGAUACAAUGUAAUAACAAAAUUUACUUUCCAUUCUUGCCGUUUAACAAUGAUUUUAUACAGUUUACCCCGAUUUUUUGCUCAUUCAUGACUGGGUGCCCCAACUUCAAACAGCCCGUUCUCAGACAGCUCGGUUCGCACGUUCAAGUUUUUUACACCAUUGAAACCGCUAUGUCCUCUACUUUCAAAAUAUGAAAUAAAAAUGAGCAUAAUUUUGGUUAAAUUUUCGAGAAAUUUGCAUAUUUUUGAAUUUUUGCAUAAAUAUUCAAAUUUUUUUGCCACUUCCCGGGGUCCUAGAAACUUGGUGUAGCUAACAAAAAGCCAUCUUUCGGCACGCUGAACACACUGGUAAAGACCCCGUCUCGCUACGACAUCUGGUUCCCGAGUUAUGACAAAAUGAGUCAUGUUACCGUAACCCAAAGUACAGUAAGAUUUCGAAAAAAAGUUAACGGGAAAGUUUCUUAGAAUGGUACGUAGCUACAGUUUUCCAAGUUUAAAGAAAAAUGAAGCAGUUUGAUUUUUCGUGUAGCCAGUGCUCUCCAAGCUUAGAAAAAACGUGUUUUAAACUAUAAUAUUUAGUACCUGCGGAAACUUUUGGCGGUCACUUUAAAUUUGGUGGAGAUCAUGGCUCAGCAAGCUGCAUAAAUGUUUAUUUGCCAUUUUCUAAUCUUUUUCCACGUUUAAUUUACAUUUUUCGGAUAUAAAUUUACUUUACAUUACACUUUGUUCCCAAAUUUUACAAUUUAUUUGCAACACCAUCUCUUUUUCAAACUAAACCAUCAAUCUCAUCGUUGUCUUCUUCAAUGUCUUAUUUGUUCCGUAACCAUGCUUGUUAUGUCUUCAUUAACUCAUUUUCCCUGAUUAGUGAUCUUUUUUGUAACAUGACUAAUUCCAGAUCCCUCGGUUUUUGUCGAAAUUUUUUGACUCAUCCCUCACCGUUCCUGAAUUUGAAAUUAGCUGAUCACACAGACAAUAGGUGAGGGUAUUCCUGCAGGGUCACGCACAAGGUAUAAAAAUAUAAAGUCCAAUAACGUUUUCGCUUCUUUUUAAGGGAGUAAAGAGGGAGGAGAUAAAGCGAGGAAAAAAGGAAAUCAAGUGGGAUAUGGGUGUUUUAAUAUUACUUUAACAAUGAGAGCACUUUUCCGACAAAAUUUUUUAAGACUUUUGAUUUCGUUUUUCCUCGUUAUCUGUAUAUUUUUCUUAAUUUUCUGUUAAUUUUUAUGGUUUUUUUCAGACUAACAUUAAAUGGUUUUUUUGUGCCAUUUUAGACUUUUGUUUGUAUUAUUUCUAAUAAUAAAAAAAAACGGUUGACUGCAUAUUUUACCCAAAUAUGUAUUACACAUGUAUUACACAUUUACAAUAUGUAUUAACGUUACAAUUGAUCUCCUUACGCCCUUUACAAUCUAAAAAACUCCUCUCCAAAUUUUUUUUCAGUAGUGAAAAUCCAAUUUUAUCUUUUUUGACAACUUUUGACCUUUUUUGGUCUCUAUUUUAUAAUAAUUUUAAUCUUCCACACUAUCAAAAAACGUGGAACACUUCCUGAAUUUCGAUAUCAAAAAUAUAAAUUUAUGUUGAUCUUGUUAUUAUUACUCAACAGAGUCAUGACUAUCAACGCAAAAUCAAGCCAAGUCCAAAGGAAUUAACCCGUCGGGAAAUUACAGUAACCCUUGGAUUUCUUAACACUGAUUUCUCAAAACAAAGAUGCUUUUCUUACAAAAUCUACUUAUCUGACUAGUAAAAAUAGGUUUUCUCUCUAAAUUUGAAUUUUUAUAUUGUUUUAGACACACUAAACUAAUGUUAUUCUAAAUUAAUAUUGUAAAUUAUAAUAUAAAAAUCGGACGUCUAGAGUAAUAUAAAUGUGUUUUCAACCUCUUCUGCAGAGUUAUUUCCGUUCUUUCUCCGCUACUCUUAUCAGUCCUGUCACCGUCGUAUUCAGUAAUUUUCUUUGUUGAACUUUAGAAAAAAGCCCUCAGGUCUUUGUCUCUUGAAACAAACAAAAAGAACUGAUAAUGAUAAAAAACAUUUGUGGGAGUUAUCGACCGCUUAUCGGCGGGUUGGGGGUUCAGAGGUUUAUUGCAUCACCGACCAGAGUAUUUAGGGUUUCGAUCGCAUUACUAAAGUUAUUUUGACUGUUUUUUGGACGUAUAGUGGAAUCUGGAAUGUAGGAUUGGGACGUGUUUAGGGUCUUUGAGGGGCUAGGAGUACUGUAGAGGACAUGGUGUGAUACUAGGAAUUUACUGAGUAGGGUAAAAUGCUAAAUUAAUAUUGGUACGUCAAAUGUAUUGCAAUAUAAUUAAAGGUCGGUAACUCCAAGCAUAUUUGCUAAACCUUCCUCAAAUUUUGCAUACAGGUUUUGAAUGGCUUUAUUAUUAAUAGAGAAAAACUUGAAAACCAUAUCCGUAAGCUACCCCGAGGUAUUCGUAAUCUUUCAGCUAUCUCAAGUACUACAAGAAAAGCUAAAAAAUAAUUUUUGAACUAAUCGAUUCAAAUAUUGCUAAGAAUGCAUUGGAAUUACCUGAUCCUCAUUUAGUCGAGGUUUCAUCAUGUCGACCAGCAAAUUUGGGGCAAUGAAUUUCUUUAUUGUUAGUCAUCCUUGGCCAUUCUAUGCGAUAAAACUGACCGCUUAUACAUACAUAUGUACAUAUAAAUAUAUUUACAACUCUAGUCAAGUAUUCGAUCCAAAAAACGUUUCCUUUUCUUACGCUUUGAGUCUAAAGAUGAUUAAGCUAUAAAUUAAGAGCAUAGGUCAAGUUGCUUGAUCUGUGGUACACACACCCAUUUAUGACCACAAACACGUGUAAAAUUGGUUUUAUCACUGAAAUGAAAUUAUGAUAAAUAAGAUUUCUGGCGGAAGAACAAAGGCUGCCCACCUAUUGACGUGGUCUGCGGGCGCCGACGUUGUUGGGAUCAAUAAUAAAACAGUAAAAAAGAUGACAUAAAAGUUGAUAGAUAAUACAUAUUACCACAUUCCAAAACCGUUUUCGCAACUCUUUUGACAUUUUCUUAGAACGUGAGCCAGUUUUUUUUGAAGAAUCAACAAAAUACCAAAAAACAGUCAUCAUGACAUAUUUUUUGACAUUUUCUCCGUUCGAAUCCGGUCAAAUAAUUUUUCAAACCAUAAAAGAAAAUAAUACAUCUUGUUCCCUCUUCCCAUAUUUACGUGACGUGUGGGUUGUACUAUGUACACACAAUUUUUAGUCGAUCACACCCCCUUAUAAAAAUUCUAUUAAUAUUUUGAGUUUAAAAAUUCAAAAGUUGUGUUAUGCCUGAUUCCAGAACCUUUAACCAUACAUUAUAUAUGACAGGACAUGCUGUCCACAAUUUUAUGAUCUUGGGAUUACUCACUGGUAAACUGGAUUAUUGACAGAUUAGGGGUCAAAAAAACAAAAGACUACAAAUUUAUGAUCCCCCUGAUUCUAACAGAUAAAAUAAAAAAAUGAAUUGAGGCCAAGUUUAAGUCACGGGUAAAAUUUGGAAUUUUUUUUAAAGGGCGGUCGUUUCUUUCCGCAAAAAAAAGUAUUUAUUUGAGGUCCCCUCUUGCCCCACCCAACAUUUUCCAGCCUUUCUGAAUAAAAAUAUCCUUUCGUCUCCUCAAAAUCACUGUGGGCCCUGAGGGUUUCCCCGUUUCCUUUAUUUUUCGCGCUUCCCUUGACCGUCUGGAUUAAAGACCCCGAGGAAACAAAAAUAUUUUGAUUGCGUGAGGGGUUAAACCGAUUAAUUACCCACAAAUUGUGAGCGGAAGAUGGAGUGAAAGCGAGGAGUAGAGGUGAUGGUAGAGCGGUUCCACCAAGGAUGUGACACAUUUUUUGGGAGAGCUGAUCUCCGGGCUCUGGGAAAAGGAUUAAUUUUGGAAUGGAUAAGAUACUCUGAAGGGGAGGAGAAGUGAUUUUAGGGUGAAAUAGACGUUGAUUGAUACGUUCGGACCUAUUUGAAGGCAUUAGGGCGGGCUUAGUGACAUUUUUACAUUAUACUAGGCAAGCUUCUGAAAUAUUCAGAUUAAUUUAAAGAUAGCUAGGUAUUCCAAAAAUUGCGAUUUUUUAGUCUUAUCAGAAAUUAAUUUUCUAUAAAUUUUGGAACUUGGUCUGUAGUUUCGACUCUAGUAUAACAUCCAAAACUAUGGCCAAGCAGUCUCUGUUUGCCCUGAACUCUCUUCUUCUAUUCAUCUAUUUAGUACGUAAAUCCGCCUACUUAUUAUUCCAACUACAAUCAAAAGUUUAUUGCCAAUCAAUUCUUCUCUCUAAACCGCGAUUACUUCCUGUAUUUUCAAUUUUCAAUAACUCCUUUGGUACAUACACUCUUCUUUUCAACCAUUUCCAGACACUUCAGCUCUCAGAAUCCAACCGUUUCUACAUUCUGAUGUAAACAUUUAUAAAAAGCAAUGUUCUUUUGUCAUUACUCUCGACUUAACGGCGGCGAGAGCGCGCGAGAUCCUUUUUUUGGGGACCAAAAAAUUCCUCAAAAUUCCUGCGUGACCGUUACGCGUGGGAAGCAAACAACCGUAAUAGACACGCAGGUCAGGGCGGAUGACUUGAGGAAAGUUGGGGGUUGUUUGAGUGUGGGGGGCGGCCCCAAACAACUUUUUUUGGGGAUGUAUUUGAUCAGGGCUGUUGUGCGGAGUGUAGUGAAGGUGUCUGAACUCCUUGUCUGUUAUGGAUCUAGCUGAUGUUUGGGUGGUUUGGCUGGUUGCACUGUGCGGCGAAGAAAUGUUUUGGUCGCAGACAUGCAUUGAGCAAAACAUUUUCACAUUUCCACGGGCUAUUGCUCUACUUAAUACGUUUAAAAACGCCGAAAAAUAUAAGUAUUAACGUCUGACUCUUGUUCUAUAAGAAACCUAAAUAUCUGCAUUUCGUGCACUGUGCGGCGAAAAAUAUGUUGGUCGCGGAUUGCACUGUGCAAAGUAUUAUAUUUACGACCUUUUCAAGGGUGAUGUGUUUCUAUUAUAUAACACCUUGGAAUCUCUAAUAUAACCCUCCGGCUUUCGUGCUUUUGGAAAUUUGAAUUUUUUUGUACUGUGCGGCGGAAAAUAUUUUGAUUGCUGACUGCACUGCGCAAUAGAUUUCUAGAUUCACAAAUCACUGCUCUCUCUCUCUAAUAUGCAGAUAGGCGUGUUUCAGGUCUUCAAACUCCAUUGUUUUCCUAAUUUCAAUAUUUAAUUUCCUUGCACUGUGCAGAAUUAAAAAAAACUUUUCCCGCACGGUGCAUGUGAUCUAUCUUCCAUUUCCGAUUGUCUCAUUACUUAUGAUGUCACUUAAUUUAACUCAAACCAUGGAUUAUAGGCUUAAAACUAAUAUAAGAUCGUGGGUUUAUUUGUUUUAUAUUUUCACUCACCUGUUUAUGUCAUCUACACCGUGCGAAUCAGAUUUUCGCGAUAUUCGUACAGUACUUACUCGAUUUUUGAUGACAAAUAAAUGAGUAUAAGUAGAGGGAGCUAAAACUGGGUGGCCAUUCAUUCCAUUUCUAGUCGUUUACGUGAAAUUGUUAUUAUAUUUUUAUUAUUUCGAACUUGCACGUGUCCAUUAUGCAAAAUUGAUAUAAGCCAAACAAAAGUUCAAAGGGCAUGGUGUCUGAUGGGAUCACAUAUUCAAAUCACCUUUCGCCAUAAUAUCCAUCAUUUCCGGACCAUGUUUUCAAUUUUUUGCUGACCUUUGGUUCUGAUGUAUAAAAGUCAUGUCUACCGUGCAGUCCUGCAUUAUUGCCCGACUAUUUUGCUAUCCUUUUGCCUUACAAUCAUCGAUUAAUUCCACCUUCACCUAACUCAAUAAAAAGGAGUCUCCUUUUUGACUGUAUUGUAAUUAAAGAUACCCUGAUCUCCCUUUUCUUAUCUGUUCCACAAAAUCCGAUCGCUCUUUGCAAUUUCCCUCAAGGUCGAUGAGUCCUUUUGAGGCUAUGUUUUAUCUGAAAAAGGGGAUUUCCCUCCAAUAAAUCCCUUUUAUUUUCGCUUUCACUUUCGCCUUCAGGUCUUCGUAUUUCCGAUUCAGUUCCAUCGACGAAUUAACUUUUGAUGCGUUUUGCUGAUAAUUGCCUCAGGGGUUACAGUACGGUGAGAAUUCGAGGGGAAUUAAUCCAGAGUAGGGAUAAAUGGGACCAGAGGUGGAGAGGGAGGGAGUUCAUUGGUCAUCUCAACCUUAUUAGCUUUAGGGUUUUUCUUCUUUUUCAUCGUCUUCCGCAGAGCACGAAGUCUACAUAAUUUUUGUAAAAAAAUUUAGCUUCUGUAACAAAGUUGUAUUAAGAUUUGCCCAAAAUUUUUUUUUGGUUUCUGAACUACCCACAAAUCAGUCCCUGAGAAUUUCAGUUCCGCCUUUUGCACAGCCGAAAUAUUGAAGGGGUUUUGCGAGAGAGCAUGCGAAUUGAAGAGAGUCGGCCGGACGAAAAGGAAUUCGCUUACAACUUUUUUGCUAGUGGAAAAUUUUUGAGUUUUGAUGGAAAAUUUGUACUCUCAAAACGGACCAUUAAAGCUUUUCAAAAAAAGUAAAAAAAAUUAUAAAUUGUCGACAACUUCAGGUCAGAAAAAUCGCUGGUGGUUUUAGUAAUUUUGAUAAUCACCAGCUAGGAAUUUUGGAUUUGUCGCAGAAAGUAAUUUUCUGUAUUUGAUGCGCAUCUUGUCCAAGUAUAUCGUCUUUGCCUUAUUUUACCUUCGUCUAAAAAAUACAAUUUCUAUCAAUCUUUGACCCAAAGAAAGAUAGGGUUUUUCUAAUUUUUACAAUAGUUGUAUGGGUCCAAUUUCCGUCAACCCACUGGUCUUACAGCCUUUUUCAUCGCUGAGAGCUUUUGUUUUCCCCAAAUACCAUCGUCGACCAUUCAUUUCACCCUAAAUGUCUGUCAUUUCUCCUGAAAAAUUCUUUUUAAUGACUGGCCAAUCUCCUCGAAAUAGCGGCCCAAAAGGCCAUUCUUUUUAUGCUCUUUUUAUUAUACAUUCUUGACGAAUAUGAUGAUUAUAACUUCUGAUUGGACAAUGAAUGCAACUUGUUUCGUUUCAGAUCGGAGCGUUGAUGACACGGUUAAAGUCGGCGAUUGUUUCGCCGGCCAACGAAAGGAGCAUGUCUCCGAAGCCGUAUGUUAACUUCACAGACGACGAGAAGGGUUAUUCGUUCGAUCGGAAUGGAAAUGUCACAGUACCUGCACCGAAAAGUAAGAGAUUUUGUGAAUUUCGCAAGAAAAAUUACAAAUUUCUUUGUAAGUAAAAAAAUUAUAAUUUCUGGACAAUUUCAGACACAAAAAUCUCGUUGUUCUUUACGCCAAGCAUGAGCUAUAAAUCUCGGAUGUGAAAAAAAAUAUUUAUAAAUUCUCAUAGGACUUUGAACACUUCAAAAAAGCGACCUAUUUUACCGUAACUUAACAAUGUUCAGCGCCAAAAACCGUAACAAUGGAGGAGCUAAAGCCCAAAUCGAAGAUCUUCCCCUCCACUCGCUUCUUCAUGGCCAUUUUGCUCUGCCUCUGCUUCAUUAGUCUGGCCGUUUCCACCUCCAAUAUCUCCGUCGCCAUGGUCUGUAUGACCCCAAGUAUGGCGGAAAACAAGGAGAAUGUGGAAACUGCGAUACAGCGGAUCAAAAGAUCGAUAAAUGAGACCGAUUUCAACGACCUGAUGGCGUCCACCUUUAAUGACACGGACGGAUAUCGGCAUGGGAACAGUAAUAUCAGCAAAUGCGCGCUGGCCAAGUUCCGGAAACGAGCGAUCGAUCUGAUGGUGGAGCAUGGGCAGCAUGUAAAUGACAGUGAAAUACGACUAUCCACUGUGAGCAUGGAGAGUUGCUCCAUGAAGAAGAUAAAUUGGACUUCUACGGAUCAAGGUGAGGGUUUUACUGCUUCAUUUACAAUUUAAAUGCCCUAACUCAGCACAACCAACAAUCAAGGAACAUAAAAUCUUCAACUAAUGACUUUUUAUUACUAUUUUAUACGAUUAAACAUGUCCGAAGACCUACUGUAAUAUAUAAUUUUAGGUAUGAUCUUUGCCGCACAAAAUAUUGGCUCCUUAUUUAUGCUAGUGACGGGGACUCAAGCCGACCGUCUGAAUGGCAAAUGGACAAUAGUAAUAUCGAUGUCACUCCUGAUCAUCUCGAAUGCGGCGCUUCCUUUUCUUUCGUAUCACAGUUUUAUUCUGGCCCUUUUGGCGAGAGUUUUGACCGGUCUAUCUGAUGCCCUGUUACAACCAAGUACUUCCUCAAUGAUUACUAGAUGGUUCCCCCCGAAAGAACGACCAUUUGCGAUUGGAUUGAUUACUGGAGGCAGGCAGAUCGGUGAGAUUUUCUUUUUUUAUUUUUGCACUCAAAAAUGAAAAAGAAAAGCCCGAUCAAAGAGAGAGAAAUUGAAGAGAGAGACAGCCGUGGUUUCAUGGUGUAGCGGUUAGCACUCAGGACUCUGAAUCCUGCGACCCGAGUUCGAAUCUCGGUGAGACCUAGUGACAUUUUUGCACGCUUUUUGUAUUCGUAGUAAUCUAGAUGUGGAUUAGGAUAUAACAAAAUUAUUUUAGAAUUUUUCAAUACCAGUUAUUAUUUUUUGCAGCCAAAAAUAAUCGAUUUUGAAUUUUUUUCGUAAACUUUUACGUAAAUUAAUAUUCCAGGCACCCUAAUGGUCCUUCCCGUGGCCGGUGCGCUUUGCGAACAACGCACAAUGUUCGGUGGAUGGCCUGCAAUUUUCUAUUUCAGUGCCAUUGUUGGCAGUGUAAUUACUGUUGCUUGGAUUUUACUCAGUGCCGACAAGCCGUCCAAACAUUUCUGUAUCAAAAACCGGGAAUGUAAUCACAUUGAGCAAAAGAUAAAAGAGGAGAAUCUGGGGAAAAGAAAGCAUCGGAAGAAGGCUCCUUGGGCCCAGAUCGUUCGUUGUGUCCCGCUUUAUGCGGGAGUGGCUGCUCUGGUUUGCCAUGAAUGGCCUUUGGUCAUCAUUUUGCAGGUAUAGGAAGGUCAAAAAAAAUAAAAAUAAUGUCUUUAUUUAGUUGUUGCCAAGGUACUUGUCGGAGGUGUUGAAGUUCGGAACGGCGAAGAACGGUCUUGUUUCUUCUUUGCCGAUCGGAGUUUUAUUUAUUUCGAAGACCCUCAGCUCCUCAUUAUCAAGUUAUUUGAGCUCCAAUCGACGUUGUAAGUAGUCCUCCUGAUUCAGCCCAAAUUUGUCUUGGGUUUCCUCUAAUAAUCCAACAUUUCAGCGCGUCAUUGCCGAACCAAGAUGACCAAAACUUUUAAUUUUGUGGCCUCGUUGGGGCUCGGCCUUUCAUUGGGCGCCGUCCCCUUUGUAAACGACACCUUCUUCCCCAUUGUUCUCCUCUGUGUGGCCAAUGCCUUUGCUGGUGAGUUUUUCUCUCAAAUCUUCGAUUCUUUUUUGUAUUAUCUGUCUAAACAAAUUUAUAUUACUUCAGGUCUUCACACUCCCGGUGUCCAAACCGCCCUUCUUCAGAUCGCCCCGGCUUACACGGGAAUUGUGACAGGCAUUGCGUUCGGUGUGGUAGCCAUCUUCUCGGUGUUCAACAAGCUCCUUUCCACCUACAUUACCUCCCAUGGAUCCGCAACCGAAUGGCAGAUCGUUUUUUGGAUGUCGGCGGUGAUUGCCGUCCUUCCCUGCUUCUUCUUCACCAUCUGGGGAUCGGCUGAACGUCAACCAUGGGCUUCAUCAAUCCGAAAGAAGUCCUCUGCCCUCAGGCACAAGGUCUCGAAUGCCUCGGCUAAACCCAAACUGGCUACAGUAACCGAAGGCAAGAUCUCGAAUAUGACCGGAGGCAUCGAUCGACCAUUCAAACCGGCUCCACUGGAUCUGACAAGAAUGGAGAGUAAUGAGAGCGAGGACGGAAGCGAUGAGGCCAUCGAGGAGGAGAACAUUGCCAGUGCUUUGAGAAUGAGAAUGUUCUUUAGCAAUGACGAUGACUUCAGUACGGAGGAGGAGACUCUCAGUCAUUCCAGUGCUAGUUCGGGUGAGGAAUGGAAUAAGGAGGAUUUGGAUGAGAAAGAGGGAAUCCAGAGGUUCUAA